AAUUAUACACCAGUGUGUGUGACCUCAGCUGGGCUAGGAGCUUGAAUUUCCAACUCCUGCUGACAUGGCCUGCCAGGGCACUGCCUCUGACUCCUCAUGCUGCUCCCCAGGCCUCACGCUUCCCAGAUGGGAAAUGUGUCCAACAUCUCGGUGUUCACCUCCACCUUAUCAGAGAGAGAGGACCUGAUAUUUGGCACACUCUAUUUAGUCUUUGGCAUCAUGUCCUUCUCUGGGAACUCACUGCUGCUGCUGGUGGCCUAUCAGAAGAGGUCCUUGCUGAAACCUGCCGAGUUCUUCAUCGUCAACCUGGCCAUCAGUGACCUGAGCAUGACGGUGACGCUCUUCCCCUUGGCCACCUCCUCCUUCUUUGCACACAGGUGGCUGUUUGACCGGGCCGUUUGCACCCUCUACGCCUUCUGCGGGGUCCUGUUCGGGCUGGGCAGCCUCGCCAGCCUGACGGUGCUCAGCACAGUCUGCUGCCUCAAGGUCUGUUACCCAGCAUAUGGGAACAGGUUCUCCCCGGGCCACGCCGCGGUGCUGCUGCUGUGUGUGUGGGUCUAUGCCCUGACCUUCGCCACGGCCCCCUUGGCCGAGUGGGGCAGCUACGGCCCCGAGCCCUACGGGACAGCCUGCUGCAUCACCUGGGAGACCUCCAGCAGGGAGGCCACGCUCUACAUCCUCGCCCUCUUCAUCUUCUGCUACCUCCUCCCCUGCCUCCUCAUCCUCGCCUCCUACUCGCUGAUCCUGUGGACGGUGUGGGUGUCCCGCAGAGCCAUCCGGCAGCACACGUCCCCCCAGCGCAGAGCCCGCAGCCUGCACGGCCUGCUCCUCAAGCUGAGCGUUGCCGUGUGCCUGGGGUUUCUGGCUGCCUGGACCCCCUAUGCCGUGGUUGCCCUGUGGGCACUGCUGGGGGACACCAGGCAGGUGCCAGCGCUGGCCUUCGUGCUGUCGGCCGUCUUUGCCAAGUCCUCGACGCUCUACAACCCGCUGGUGUACCUGCUCUUCAAGCCCAACUUCCACAAGUUCCUCUCCAAGGACAGGGUGCUCCUGCAGGCCCUCCGCACCCUGCUCUGCUGCGGCUGCCCAAGCUGGGCACUGCAGCCCUUCCCAUCCCCGGGGGCCAGUGACCACCCCGGGGCCUGCAGAAACUGCAACGACGCUUUCGAGUGUUUCAGCAACUACCCCAAGUGCUACAACCCCCCCCAGGCGCCCAGCAGCUCCCCCCUGCACGGUCCCCUGGCCAUCCUGGCCGAUGGAGCUGCCUGCCAGCCGGGGCUGAAGAGGACAGUGCAGGUGAUGGUGCUGGUCACACGGAAGAGGUCGGGUGCUGUGAAUGUGGCAGGUGAAGCCCUGCCAUCAGCCCUGGUGAAGGACCUGCUCUGAGCCUGGCUGUGCCCAGCUCUGUCCUGCCAGCGUGCCACAGGACAAACCCAAACACAACAUUCCUCUCACCCACACACCCAGCGGGUCCCCAGGUGUUCUGUAGAUGAAGUGAUGUGAAAAUGUAAGACCAGCCUUGCCUCCCGCUCUGGUUUGGCUCUUGCAACUCCGAACCUGGUCUUUGCACUUGCAAAAACAAGAACAAAACCAGCCCCUGAGUGCCUGAGAGCUGCCCAGGGUGCAGCCCAGGGUAGUCUCUCCUGUCUUUGCUCUCUGGGCCCUUGGCCUUUGUUUUUCAUCCUGGUGCUCUGAUGACCAAGUAGGAACUUGGUUGUCUUAAAAACUGUGCCUGGCAGGGCAGGCUGGGGGCCAGGAGGCCCUGAGGGGCAUCUACCUUCAGUGCUGGCUCCUACAGCCCCCACAACCAUGUCCUCUCCUGCUGGGGAGCAGGACCAUGUCACACAGCUACCUCACUUGGGAUUAUGAAGCACCUCCCUAUAGCUCUCAGGGACUGCUCUCUGUGCCAGCUGUGCUACCCCACUCCCUCCAUUUGAAUGAAACCCACCAGUGUUGUGUGUUUAGAACAAGGAUUUGGGGUUACAAUAAUCCUGGAGUGACUAAUGGUAGUCCCAGGUUGUGGUCUCCAGGCAGGGAAUGACGAAUCUUUGGCUGAGCAACAUCCCGGAGAUGGGGCUGUGGCCACAGGGUGUCCCUGGCGCAGGAACAACAGGGCAGCAGCUGCCAGGGCAACAGCAUCCUGCAGGACUGAGUCGGCCCUUGGAGGUCAGUGUGGGCAGCACACCCACGGGGAGGGGUUGGGACAAAAGGGACCAAGAAGCUGUGCCAAGGGCCUGAUGCAAAGCCACCCCCACAAGAGCCCCUCCAGCAGCUCCCCUGCCCUGUCCCAGGCACUCUGUCAGCCGAGGGGAUCCUGUGCUGUCUGUGCUGACCAGUCACCGUGUUCCAGAAGU